UCCUUCACUUUCUCCUCAAUCCAAUCCUCAUUUCCACUCAUAGCUUCUUCCUUUCAUUUUUCAAUACUCUUUUGAUCAUCAAAUCUAUCAAUGGCCUCUAAUUUUUCAGCUCAUUUUUUACUCCUGCUUGUCGGCUCUCUGUUCCAUUUCAAUUUGGCAGCCAGGCUGCUAACUGAAUCAGCUGAAACUAAAGAAGCCCUUUUGUUCCAAUACCACAAUGGCCCUCUCCUUACAGGAAAAAUUUCUAUCAAUUUGAUUUGGUAUGGAAAAUUUAAACCUUCACAACGUGCAAUCGUCUCUGAUUUUAUCACUUCCCUGUCUUCUGUUAAGUCCACAGUAGCCCAACCUUCUGUUGUUACAUGGUGGAAGGCUACUGAAAAGUACUACCGUCACAUCAACUCUAAGAAAAGUUAUAACCUUGCGCUCUCUUUGGGUGCCCAGAUUUUAGAUGAGAGUUAUUCAUUAGGUAAAUCGCUUUCUAAUAAGCAAAUUGUUCAAUUAGCAUCAAAGGGUGGACAAAAGGAUGCCAUCAAUGUGGUUUUAACUUCAGCUGAUGUAGCUGUUGAUGGGUUUUGCUCUAGCCGAUGUGGAACUCAUGGGUCUUCGAUUUCUGCUCAAAAGAUGAUCAAUGGCAAGAACUCUAAAUUUGCUUAUAUUUGGGUUGGUAACUCUGAGACACAGUGUCCAGGUCAAUGUGCUUGGCCUUUCCACCAGCCUAUCUAUGGACCACAAAGCACACCCCUAAUUGCACCCAACAAUGAUGCGGGUCUUGAUGGCAUGGUGAUCAAUUUGGCUAGCCUUUUGGCGGGGACAACGACCAACCCAUUUGGAAAUGGCUACUUUCAGGGUCCAAAGGAAGCUCCUUUAGAGGCUGCGUCAGCCUGUACUGGUAUUUAUGCCAAGGGCGCCUAUCCCGGUUAUGCAGGGGAUUUGUUGUUGGACUCAACAACGGGCGCUAGCUACAAUGCAAACGGUGUCAAUGGCAGGAAAUACCUGCUUCCCGCUUUGUUUGACCCAUCAACUUCAACUUGUUUUACUUUAAUCUAAAUUAGGAUCCGUAUACAUGCUUAGGUUUUUGUUUGUAUAUUUAGAAGAAAUUCUUUGAUUUUUUCCUUUUGGUACUUCUAUUUUGUACUUUAUAUUAAACUAAUAGUAAAUUAAUUAGUUACCUCAA